GGAUAAACUCCAAAAUUUAUGAGCGGACAUCCCACCCCAAGAUCUAGCUCUUCAAUCGCUUUCGUUGUCCUAAAGCAAAGUGUGUUAAAAUGGCUUGUUAAAUUCCUUUCUUCUCAAUUUCUAAAUACAUACAUGUACAUAUAUAUACACACACACACAUACAUACAUACAUACAUACAUACAUACAUACAAAGCUGGUGAGCUAUGGCUUCCAUUGAUGAAGAAGAGCAAAGUGGAGCUGAAAUUAGGGUUUCCGAUCAGACAAACGGAUGGCCGACUUCCUUCCACGCUCGGCCCCCUUCCUCUGCCGCAUCCGGCGGCGCCGCCACCCCUCCCCGGAGCUGGCAAAUCUCUCCGAGGAAUUCUUUCGGAUCGUUACCUUCUCGCUCUUCCAGGAAUUCGUAUUCUUGUUCUUGGUUUGGAGUUUUGGAAUGGUUAGGGUUUGUGACCGAAUCGAAACAACGAGGAUGGGUGAAGAGGAAAGCUGUGAAGAAGCGAGUGAAAGGCGUUGUGGUGGUUGUGAUUGUGUUGUUGGCUUGUUUUGUGGUGAUGGAUUGGUGGAUGCUUUCGCGGAUUCAAGAAUCGAGUCACGGUCUCAAAUUCAAAUACAAGGUCUUGAGAGCCAACUCUUCUACAUUGUCUAUUCGGGAAGAAUUGGAAAAGCUUGGUAAAGUGAAGAAGCCACAGAAAACUAUUUAUGCAAGACUGUUAGCUAAGGCUGCACAUGCCUUAGCAGAGGGACAGAAUAAACCUGAGCCUAGAGAUCUGUGGCAGGAACCGUUUAUCCUUGCAUCUUCAUGGAGGCCUUGUGCUGACCAACGUAACUGGGAACCUAGUGAGGGAAAUAAUGGAUACAUUCUGGUUAGUGCAAAUGGUGGGAUAAACCAGCAGCGAGUAGCUGUCUGCAAUGCGGUUGCGGUUGCUAGAUUGCUUAAUGCAACUCUUGUUGUUCCCCAUUUAUUGUACAGUAGUGUCUGGAGAGAUCUGAGUCAAUUCGGCGAUAUCUAUCAGGAGAAGCACUUCAUCAACUACUUGAAACCUGAUAUUCGAAUAGUGAAGGAACUUCCUCUGGAGCUACAGUCAUUAGAUCUGGAGGCAAUUGGUAGUGUGGUGACUGAUGCUGACAUCAUGAAAGAAGCCAAGCCAAGUUUUUACUUGAAAUACAUUCUUCCCAUCUUACAUAGACACAGAGUUGUUCAUUUUGUUGGAUUUGGAAACCGUCUGUCAUCGGACCCACUACCAUUUCAAUUGCAGAGACUCCGGUGCAGAUGUAAUUUUUAUGCCCUGCAAUUUGUUCCCAAAAUACAAGAAACUGGUGCUUUAAUGCUCCGAAGGAUGCGUCAGAAUGGAACACACUUUGGACCAUUAGAUCAUUACCUUGUAGGUCCAUUUGCAGAAUCAAAAGUGAAGGGUAAAAGUGAUCGUUCCAUGAAAGGAUCCAGAUACUUAGCUUUGCACCUGAGGUUUGAAAUUGACAUGGCAGCUCAUUCUUUGUGUGAUUUUGGUGGUGGAGAAGAAGAAAGACGAGAAUUGGAAGCAUACCGUGAGAUCCAUUUCCCUGCAUUGACAGCGCUAAAGAAGACAACAAAGUUACCAUCUCCAGUGGCACUUAGAGCAGAAGGAUUAUGUCCACUAAUGCCUGAAGAAACACUACUUAUGCUUGCUGCCCUUGGUUUCAACCGUAAGACACGCAUCUUUCUUGCAGGUGCACAUAUUUACGGAGGGAAGUCACGGUUGGCUGUCUUGACAAGCUUGUAUCCUAACUUGGUCACUAAAGAGAACUUGCUUUCCUCGUCCGAAAUUGAACCAUUCACAAAUUUCUCUUCUCAGUUAGCAGCAUUGGACUUCAUCGCUAGCACAGCUGCCGAUGUAUUUGCCAUGACGGACUCGGGAAGUCAAUUGUCAUCGUUGGUGUCGGGAUUUAGAGUAUAUUAUGGUGGGGGGAAAAUGCCAUCGAUUCGGCCAAACAAACGCCGUCUUGCAGACAUCUUCGUGAAGAACAACACAAUUGAGUGGAAGGUGUUUGAGAAGCGAGUUAGAAAAGCAGUAAGACAAACUAAACGUGUCCGUGCACGGCCCGUUGGACGGAGCGUUUACAGGUAUCCGCGGUGCAAGGAGUGUAUGUGCACUACAGAAGAAGAGGAGUAGUGUUGUGAUUAUACAUGUCUCAUAGAUCUUGAUUUGAGAUUUUUUGCCAAUAUCACAUGUAACAUUCAUUGUUGUUGUACUGAUAUGGAGUAUAGUGUGGUUAUACAUGUAUCCAUUCUUUGUUGUUGUUUCAUCGAUUUUGAUUCUGGCUCAUUUGCCAAUCACAUGUAACAUUCAUUGUUGUUGUACUAAUAUGGGUUCUAAUAUAUGAUAAAAAGGAAGAUUUUUCAUUUUUCUUUA